GUAACACAAAGCCAUUCGUCACCACCACAAGUUCUUCUCAAUCUCGAUUCUCAAUUCAUCUCGGUUUUCCAAACCAAAUCCAAAAUCAUAAUGAUUGCCAAAAUUGCAGUUUUCCUCGCCGUCGUCGCCGUCGCUUAUGGCGGAGUUGCUGGAGUUGUUUCCCUUGCUCACUCUCCAGCUUCCACCGUCAAGCUUCCCCACGUCGUUGCCGCUCCCGUCGUGACCUACGCUGCCGCCCCCGUCGUCCACCAAGCCAUUGCACCAGCCGUCACCUAUGCCGCUGCCCCAGCCGUCGUUCACCACGCUGCUCCAAUCACCUACGCCGCAGCCCCAGCAGUGAUCGCCGCCCCAGCCCCCGUCGCAUACGCCACGGCCCCCAAAAUUAUCCAGACUCACGAGCCAGUUGAGCAACACGGAUACAAAAUCGCUUAUUAAAUCAGGCCUUAAAAAAUAAACCACCUUCUUUCACUUUUGGUCAUAAUAUUAAUUCCCAAAUCAUGAUAUUAUUAAAUUUGACAUCUUCCCGAUUUCUGGGAUAUUUUUGUUUUUUAAAAAAUUAAUAAAAUUUGAGUAUUCACAGCGUCUUCCAUCAGAAA